UUGUUAACUUUGCCCUCAUAACUUCUAUUAGAGUUUUAAACGAAAACAAAGUCUGCCGUAUGUCCUCUCUCUGUGUUUGGUGCGAAAUAACGGCGCGGUGUCGUGAUAACAUCAUUUUUGAACUUAAAAAUUAAAUUUUUUUUAAUAAUCACCUAACAAAGUAGAAUAUUGAUUGAAAAGCAUUCAAGAUAUGAAAAACACGGGUAGAUUUACAGAUUUCAACUUUAUUUUAACGAAGGAGAAUAGCAGUCUUGAAUCUAUUAUAUAUGGCGAAGAGAUUCCAGAAAUUGCUUCCGAUGAAGAAGGCCUUGCAGGCACCUAUGACCGUACUUUGCUUAACCAGAGUUCACCGGAAAGUUACACUGAAGAAAAUAAGGAGUCUAGUCAGCAGAUUUCAAAGGUUUUGGAUGAGUUUGGAAAUAAUAGCCUGGAGGGAUUGAGUUUUGAACGGCCAGAUGAAAAAAUUCAGUCCGAAAAUUUUACCAAGCUACAAGAGGUAAAAGAAACUUUAGAAGUCGAAAGUAAAAGUUUACAGCUAAAUUCCAAUAAGAUUGACGACUUUUUUUUUCUUUUUCCGAAAGAUUCUUUGCUGGUAGCUAAGGCCUUGAAGAUGAUUAAGCACAGAAACCAUGUGAUAGCUCAUUUAAAAAAACACGUGGAAAAACAAGACAGAAAACUCGACGACUGUUUAAAUCAGCUUGAAAGACUUAAAGCCCAAGUUCGAACUAAAGAUUUAAUUAUUGACAAAAUUUUCAACGAUCUGAAGACUGCUAAACAGAUCAGCGAGGUUUAUUUGGGACAAAUCAAGUUGUUUAAAUUAAGCGGGAUUGAAAAAAACUUUCUUAAUGAAGAAAUAAAAGGCUGUAGCUUCGGCCGCGAUUGAUCUAUCGUCUAUUUACCACAAAA